AUGAAGAAAGAACAUCGGUAUUGGACAUGGGAGUCACCCAACGAUACGACUCAUGCGGAGAGCGACCACAUUCUCACCAUUUCGCGCUUACUGGACGUCUCAGUGCCAAAAGCUGGAAAAGAAGAUUUGCCACAGUGUUGGAGGAAGAAACUCGUAUAUGACGGCGUCAGUCUGGAGGAGCUCCUGACCAUUUGUGGCUGCCCCAUCGAGGAGGACCCGACGAAAGAUUGCGACCUGCUUCUUAGAGGACGGAGAGCAUGUGGUGAAAGUGCCUCAAUGCCACAAGGAACUUGGAACAAAGCCAACAGGGAUCUGCUAGGAGGAGAAGAGCACUGA